AUGGUUCGGCAGCCAGUCGCUUUCCAGAAACCGUUAACAAAAGUUCGUUCGCUGUGAUCGGCUAUCGCAGUGUUUUUACAACGUGCGCGUUGCAUAUAGUUAUAUAUUUACUCUCACCGUGUUUCACCUUCCGCUGCUGUGCAGUUUUCUUUUUUUUUGUGUUUUUCACGUGUGGAAACAUUCAAUUGAUACAUACAUUUCCAAAGUGUCUGAAGUUAUUUGUGCGUGAUUGGUUCUAAAGUUAGUACACAAUAGUGCACACCGGAAGCAAAAAGUGUGUUACAACAGCGUUUUGUUGGUCGUUAUUAUCAAUGAAAACGUUCCAUUGAAAAGGAAACAGUGCAGAGUGUGUGGCCGCAGAAAUAAUACAAUAGAGAAAUAAGUUUGUUCCGAGCGAAGCGAAGAAAGUGGGCGAAGGAUAAAAGGGGAGCAAAAUUUUGCCCGGAAAAUCCUACGCUACGUUCGGGGUGUGCCAGUAAUGAAUAUUGAUCGAAUUAAUUAUAUCUUGAAUGGAAGUUGAAAAAGUUUCGAAUCAAAAGGGAAGGUGAAAAGUUUCUUGAGUUGCAUUUUUCCAUUCACGCAAGCAGUGGCUCUGUUGCUUAGUGCGGGGAGGAAAAAGAAAAAAAGAAAGGAAAAGAGGUCGCAAAACGAAAUUUUCGAAACGCGUACAACGCCACGGAAAGUUCCCCCUAUCAAUUGCUCUGGAUAAUAGUGUUUGUAGGGGUCGGAAGGAGCAGCAUCAGCAGGAAUAAGGGAACCAAAAAAACAAGGAAUUGUACGAGUUCCAUCGGCUUGACUCUCGGCCACAAGGCAGGGACUUCGAACGGACAGGUUUCCGUCGCCGCCACUUGGCCACUCGUUCAAUUGCCUAUUUCGCGCCGCCGCUGUAUCGCACCCAUAUAUGGCCGAUCGGAGGACAACGUAACAGCACACAGCGGUUGUGUUGGGGUUACUUCCACGUUUGCGCCGCCUACCACGCGCAGAUGCUCGCCGCUUCAGGUCACGAGCCUCGGACAGCAAGUUUGUUUUAAAAGAGAGAACGAUGUAACCUGGAUUAAGUUCGUCAGUGACACCAGAACAUAAACGACAGACGACAGCCAAGCCGAUGUUUUAUAGGAGCUGGAUAUCGGACAACAAGACAAGAGACUAGUGGGAGUCAUCCGCAGGUCAUUAUGGACACCAUACAAGAAGUAUCAAUUAAUCCAACAGACAGCGAGUUGCUGGUGUCGCCGCCACCGCCACCAUGUGAGCUUGAGCUCGAACAGCAAUCAUCGAACACCGACGAUGCAACAGCAGCGAACAGUACCACCAAAUCCUCGCAGGACUCUUCUUUUACCGUUACCGAUUACAAUUGUUCCUCGCUGAGGGAGGAUCAGCCAGUAGUGGUAAGUGACAAAGUGGUGGACAUCAUAGAACUCAUCGAUGAUCAUCAUCCGUGCCUGGUGGACGUGGAUGCCGUAAAGGUUUUGAACGGAGGCGAUGGCAGUGACAGUGGGAUUGAGUUUGGUGGAGUCACAGGGUCGCUGAAUGACGCCGAUAUCUUGCAACGGGCACUCAGUAACAAUAGCGCAGGAUACGCUAGCAGCUGCUGUGGCCUGGAGGAAAUCAAUGGGGUCAGUGUGUCAUGUAAUUCGAGUAUGAUCAGUUACUGUUCAGACGCUUACGAUAAGACAGGAAGUACAAUACUUAUUGGGGGAAGGUUGAACAAUGACUACUGCGCAAGCGAGGGAGGUAGUGAGAGCUCUUCCGUCACAGGAGGACCUGUGAGCUCCAUACGAAAAGCGGGAAGUAUCGCUAAGAAGAAGGUCGUGGUGAAAGAACCGCUAGCCAAUAGAUUGCCAAGAAAAUUCUCCGAAAGUAGUUCCUCAGCUCGAAGCAGUUCACGAUCAAGGGCUUCCUCGCUUGGAAGGUCAGUUUCGCUGAAUCUGAAGACACCUCCAACAUCCGCAAUGAACGUAGCGGCAGCCGCCAGAGAGAGCGCUCGAUCCCGUGAAAAAGUAAACACAAUCUGUACAAGCAACAGUAAAACUAUGCCAUCACCGAAGCAGUCGACUCUGACGAAACGGCCCACUAAGCCGGAUUCUUUGCCAUCGGGAAUUAAAGACGCCUCGCCCAACACUCAACGAGUCAGUUUAUCCAGGACACCUUCGAUCACAAGAGGUCGAACUCCGCUGGGAACACCAACAGAUGACGGCCGCUGGCCUUCAAUUGGUGGCAAAGGUAAUGUGACUCCUCGAUCAGCCGGUACUCGUGCUAGUUCUGCUGCCCCCGAAGGUGUCUCGAUUAAAACCCGCGUUGGAACACUCGCUUUGGAAGCCAAACCAUGCUGUACGCCCGAUAAAUUUGGAACGCUUCCUCGACGACGGAAAGAAAAAUCCGCCGAAGAUCUUAAAGGUGCCAGCCCCCGGAGCGAAUCGUUAUCUCGCGAGCAGAACCGUAUGACAAGUUCUUUAGUCAAAAAACUUCCUUCGUCGAAGCAAGACACUCCAACGAAAACGCUCUCCAACCAUCCUAAGCUAGCUAGCGUAACCAAGAAGCUAGUUCAAAAGACAAAAAUUUACCACGAAACUAGCGUCCAAACGGCAAUCACCUGCAAGGACGUGGAGGAUGCAUUUUGCGGCAAGGUGAAAGACAUAAGGGUGGAUGCGAUCGAGGUGAGCCAUAAGCACACUCAAUCCGACAUUCGCGAUAAGGAGAUGGAGAAGCUCGAGGAGAAACUCAAAAAGCUAACGGCGGAGUAUUCAACGCUGAUGACUAAACACUCAGAGAAGAGUCAAAUGGUAACAGCCUUGGAGCAGAAGUUAUUGAAGGAGCGCGAGGAGAAAUUGGCGGCCCAGAAGGAGCUUCAGAACAACAGUGAGCGGGUACUCGGAUUGCUCGAGACCGUACAGGGCACCCCCGUUGAGACGGGCGGCGAGUGUGACAGCCUGCUGAUGCUGGAGUCGCAGCUGCACAUGUCCGGUUGUGUGUUGGAGAAGAAACAGGAGGAAAUUUCCAAGCUGCGAAAUAUUUGCCACUCGCUGCAGACUGAUAUGGAAAAGUCCCUGAAGAAUCAGGAGGAAUUGCUGAGGCAGAAGACUGAACUGGAGGAGGAAUCCUGCGAGAUGCAGGAUUUCCUCCAAGCGGAGAAGGCAUCCUGUGUGGAAGCGCUGAAGGAGGCGGAACUGGAAAUCUCCCAGCUGAGACAGUCGCUAGCUCAGCGGGAGGGUGAGAUUGAGAGGCAACAGGAGGAGUGCCGGCAUUUGGUUCGUAUAGGAGAGCAGAGAAGACAAGAGUACCUCGGUAUGCAGGCCAAGUAUAACGCAUUAGAGAGUCGGUCGAAAGAUAUUUUGCUGCAACAAGGAGCUGCAGUUUCGGGCGCAUCGGUCGCCCUAUCCGGGCUGGGUUCUCGGUUGGAUCAUUUGGUUGAACAAUUGAUCGCGUCCUAUAAUAUUUCGGAGCAGGACUUGGAGGACGUAAUUUAUCACAACGAAGCGUAUACCCACAGCAGCAGUGGCGAUGGCAGCCCGGAGUUCGAACAGCACGGAGUUAAAUAUCCCGAUUCACAGCUGCACCGCCAACAGCAUCUCGCACCGGACUCAUCCCAGAAAUGUUCCAAAAGCAACGCCCCGCUCUCGCCUCAGCGGGGCCAUUCGUUCAUCGCUGCUGUGAUUAGUGCGAUUAAAAAUGCCACCGGCAAAACGGAUGCUCUCAAAGCGAACGCUUCCACUGCUGCUGCUGCUGCUGCCGCUGCCGCUGUCGCCAAGGAGAAGAAAGAGAUUUGUGGUCAUGAAUCUGACUCCACUGAGAUGUUAGACUCGGAAACCGAGCCAUGCCUCAUGAUGGACAAUGUUCUGGAGGAUGUCACGAUGCCGGAUUCCCACUCCCACAACAUGGUCUCAUCUUCGACGCGUAUUUCCCAAAUCGAAAUGCCUUCCUCGAUGGAGAGCGGAGCCAACAUGAUGAUCUCCCACGACGAAUCGCUGGACAAUUUGUCGCAGGCGAUCGCCAAUCGACAGCAGAUUGAACUACAGUCGAGUAUUAUGGCUAGUGGACGGUCGCCCCGCUUCCGGCAGCCGUGUAGUGGUGGUGGUGGUGGAAGCUCGGAGCAGCGAGCCAGCGUUGGGGCGGACAACACCACGGCUAGCCACUCGUCGUCGCUGGAGGACGAAGAGAACAGCUGCUGUGGGGAGACAUCAAUCGCCGAAAUGCCUUCGAUCUGUGAGUACUGCAACGCUCAAUCACUGGUAGAUCAGGUGAUCGAUGUGGACAAUCUGAUCACGAAGCUGCUGAAGGUGCUACGCAUCGUGCAGAUGGAUAAUGACCACUGCAUACAGGAGUUGAUUAAUCACAAAAAUAGGCUGGCUCUAACCAACGAAGAAAUCCAGGACCGGGUGAAGGAAUACGAAGAACUGAACCAAAAAUUGAGAGAUGAUCUCAAGGACUCUUCGCAUCAGCUGCUCAUGCGUGGUAACGAACUUGCCAAGAGCAGAUCGGAGCUGCAAAGUCAUAGGAAGGAAAUAGACAAACUCAACGAGGACAUCUGUCAGCUGAGCACUCUCUGUAGCAACAACAACAACAACCAGAAAAGCAACAGCACCGGACUGGUGAUCAACCGGGAGGAUAUCAUCAGUGCGCUGAAAUUGUGGAACGAAAACGAUUCGAUCCCGGAGAGGGAACUGAUUCAGCACGUAGUGCAGGCGUGCAACGAGAUUCCCAGGCUGAAAGCCCGACUGUAUGAGAAAGAGCAGCUGUUGCAAUCACUAACGACGACGGGCACCGGUAGUGGCGCAAGCUGGCAUCAGGCACUGAACGAAGCCAAGCGACAGUACGAAGCGAUCGAUCGAGCGCUAGAAACCCUUCACAGCGUACAAUCGUUGGUACAACAAACGCCGGCCUUGAAGCAGCUACAGCGUGACCUAGAGGAAACGAACUUUCAGGCAAUUCCACUGGUGUCUCUGCCGACCCAUGUGGGCCGUCAGAAUGGUACUGGUAUUGAUAUGAAUGCGAAUCAGACUAGCCCCAACGGCUUGGGGGUCGUCGUCGUGGCCAAUGGGAGCGGUUCCGCUGUAGCCGGACUGCAGCUGAACCAACCCGACUUUAUCGACUCGACAGCAUAAGCGCGACGCGUGAGAGGUAAUCGUAUGCUAGGUUAUUGUUUUCUUGUCCCGAUGUCGAGAUAAAUUGUGUACCAUUAAGUGUGAGUUGAGAAUACUGGAUGGUGAGUUCUUACACUUAUGUGUUUAGUUGUAGUCGUGACCGCGCAUGAAAAGUAUUGUGAUCAAAAUCUUAGUAGAGACAAAUAAAUUAUUUCCAAUUUACAACCCUAGCUAACCAAAUUCAGAUAGUUCCAUAGGAAGACACUUAGCGUGAACAUAGAAAUAAAAAAAAAGAGCAGGAAUUUAGUGUUUCAACGUUUCCCUGGUAGUGUCCUAAGUAGAUGUUAGAAGUUCCAGACCUUGAUAGCAGUUGAAAUAGAUAAAUUUUACCGACUUUCCACAAGCUCGGCAAUUUUAACACCACCAGUUAGUCGACACGUCCUUUUUCAAUACAACAUACCACUUAAGUAAAUGAGACCUAGUUGCAUUUUUUGGUGUUUUAUCGUACAAUCGUCAAUUGAAAACUCAACACAAGCUUCCGCGUCGUCGGUUCGGUUUGUAUUUUCUCGACUUUCAUGACGUUCAAUAGAGGCACAAUCAAAAUUCGUUUUAGGCACUCCAAACGCCUGCUUAUUUCCGUCAAGGCUCAAAACACCUGUGGAGCCCACUGAUAGGACCUUUUCUCGGAUUUUGAGAAAAGCAUCUCUACUGUCUAAUGAGAACACAAACUACACACGUCAUUUCCCGCCAGCCAAAAGUUGUUUUAGAUCCCUACUUACACUCACUAUAGGAGCAAAUUCUAGCUUUCAUUUGGUUUGCGCAAACGUUCAAACAUCACGAAGACUAGAAGGUUUUUUAUUCAAAAUGUGGCGUCCAAAAGUCGAGAAAAUAUUCCACGUGCAACCCAUUUUGCGAUGAUUCGAUAUUAGUAAAUAUCUCCAAAUCAAGUUCUUAUGCAAAGUUAUUACGACAAAAACUACAAUUAAAAAAUAACAACAAAAAGAAGGAUUAAGCAGAGGACGUCCAUUUUUUACAACCAUGUUAAGAGUAAGUGCGAUAUUAACGGCCUUCAGAUUACACAGACUGGUUUUUUCUUGUUUUUUUUUACCACAAAUUAUCCAAUAAGACGGCCACUGUUUUGUGUUGCCUUCGUUCGUUCGUUCGUUCGUAUUGUACAAUGUGUAUAAAGCCGCCCUUCCAUUCCCGUAUUUUACGUAUGGAUCUUCACUAAAUUUAGAUGAUAUGAACCAUUUUAAUGAAAAAAGUCCAAUAACUAGUUCAUAAGUUCGGCACGAUUAUAGGAUAUCAACCUUCUUUUGAGGCGAAUAAAAUGCGAAAUAGUGGUUGAGAAGUAAACCGUUGUCGUUGAAAAAUUACACGCAGACACACAGGAAAUGCCAUUCAACAUGUUUUGAGAAACAAAAAGUAAUCUUUAAUUAUAGAUCCAAUAACUUAUUGAAUCGAUAUAUGAUACCUACUACUAUGAACAAUAAAAGUUUCUAUGAGACUUAUUAUUACCAA